GUGCUGUCAAACGUGAAAUCGACAACAUGGGUGACUCGGCUGCGGAAAAAGUUCAGAAUUUAAAUAUAAACGAAAAGGCAGGAUUUUGUGCACUAUAUUAAACUUUCACACCUAUUUAGCUGUAUCAGUGAUGUUGAAAUUGUUAAAAUUACAUAGACUCUGCGUGGUCCGCCUCAAAGUGGACUACGCUGCAUAUGCCACAUGGUCCCAAAAGAAAGCAAUGAAAGAAAAGAAGAAAAAAGACGAACCUUCUGGUGGUGGAGCUUCAGAACUGAACCCUUGGCCGGAGUACAUCCAGAAAAGAUUAGAUCUAUGGGAUAAGUACAAGGCUCAAUAUGAAGAGCAGUUAGCUUCUAAGCCUGAAUUAAGUAUUGUUGUUACAUUACCAGAUGGGAAGACAGUAGAGGCAAAAGCGUGGAGGACCACACCUUAUGAUGUUGCCAAGGGUAUUAGCCAAGGCCUAGCCGAUUCAACGAUCAUAGCUCGUGUGAACAAUGUACUGUGGGACCUGGACAGACCUUUGGAAGGGGACUGCAAGUUGGAGCUCCUACGAUGGGACAACACAGAUGCACAGGCUGUGUUCUGGCAUUCCUCGGCACAUAUGCUUGGAGAGGCCAUGGAAAGGGUGUAUGGUGGAUGCUUAUGCUAUGGUCCACCGAUAGAAGAAGGCUUCUACUACGACAUGUUUUAUCCAGAGAAAGGGAUAUCAUCCACAGACUUCCACGUAAUAGAAGGUCUGGUGAAGAAGAUAGCAAAAGAAAAGCAGAACUUCGAACGGCUAGAGCUGACGAAGGAACAAUUACUAGAAAUGUUUGACUACAACCCCUUUAAAGUCAGGAUCCUGAAGGAGAAGGUGGAUACUCCCACCACCACCGUGUACAGAUGUGGACCGCUCAUUGACCUGUGUAGAGGGCCCCAUGUCAGGCAUACUGGGAAGGUCAAAGCUUUCAAGGUCACUAAGAACUCUUCAACGUACUGGGAGGGUAAGGCAGACGCGGAAAGUCUGCAGAGAGUGUACGGAGUAUCAUUCCCUGACCCCAAACAGUUGAAGCAAUGGGAGGUCAUACAGGAAGAGGCUGCUAAGAGGGACCAUAGGAAAAUUGGCAGGGAGCAAGAGUUAUACUUCUUCCAUGAGCUGUCUCCCGGCUCGUGUUUCUUCCAGCCCCGAGGUGCUCACAUAUACAACACACUAGUUAACUUCAUUAGGGAGGAAUACAGGAAGCGCGGGUUUCACGAAGUGGUGACACCGAAUAUGUACAACGCCAAACUGUGGCAGACGUCAGGCCACUGGGCGCACUACGCUGAGAACAUGUUCUCCUUCGAAAUCGAGAAGGAGACCUUCGCACUCAAGCCCAUGAACUGUCCUGGACAUUGCUUAAUGUUCGACAACCGUACUCGCUCAUGGAGAGAACUGCCGCUCCGUAUGGCAGACUUUGGAGUUCUACACAGGAACGAGUUAAGCGGCGCUCUCACCGGCCUGACUCGCGUGCGACGCUUCCAACAGGACGACGCGCAUAUAUUCUGCACGCCGCAACAUAUUGAACAGGAAAUGGUCGGCUGUCUAGAGUUCCUACAGUUUGUAUAUGGGACAUUCGGAUUCACAUUCCAAUUGAAACUAUCCACCAGACCGGAGAAGUACCUCGGAGAUCUUGCCAGUUGGAACCAAGCUGAAAAGGCUCUGGAAGAUUCGCUGAACAAAUUCGGCAAGCCAUGGCAAUUAAACCCUGGCGAUGGUGCGUUCUACGGGCCCAAGAUAGACAUCACCAUACAGGACGCUCUCAAACGAUCUCAUCAGUGCGCCACCAUACAACUAGACUUCCAGCUGCCUGAGAGAUUCAACCUGAGCUAUGUGAGUGAAACAGGCGAUAAGAAACGUCCAGUGAUCAUCCACAGGGCGAUCCUCGGCUCAGUGGAGCGAAUGAUCGCGAUCCUCAGCGAGUCGUACGCCGGCAAGUGGCCCUUCUGGCUCAGUCCGCGCCAGGCGCGCGUGGUACCCGUGGGACCCGCCUUCGACGACUACGCAGUACAAGUGAACGAGAUUCUAAACGCCAGUGGCUUCAUGUGCGAGGUGGACACGGAUGCGGGAGACACACUCAACAAGAAAGUGAGGAACGCUCAGCUCGCGCAGUUCAACUAUAUUUUAGUUGUCGGCGAAAAGGAAAAGACAUCUCGUACAGUGAACGUGCGCACUCGAGACAACAAAGUGCACGGGGAGAUGUCCAUCGAUGAACUUAUCCAGCAUCUGAAGAAGCUGCAAGUGGAGAAGACCCUCUCCGAUGACAGUGAUUUACUCCAAUUUUAACUGCAACUAAGCUUACUUUGGUUACUUCAGUUGGUGAAAUAAAAAAAAACUAAAACUCGAAAUAUGUUUUGAAAAUGUUAUUUUAUAACCUUUAGUACCAAUUUUCAGUUAUCUUUUAUAGUAAAAAAACCGGCCAAAUGCGAGUCGGACUCAAACACGAAGGGUUCCGUAACAUUGUACAAGAUAUACCUAACACCUUUGUGCAGAACAGUGCAAGUUAAUAACGGUCAGCGCCAUCUAUAUGUGAUUUAGUGAAUUAAAGUUUUCGUGAACAGUUUUCACGGUAUUCGGAUUUUUUUGUUGUGCUAUAAGACCUAGCUACCUGCCAAAUUUCAUGAUUCUAGGUCAACGGGAAGUACCCUAUACCUAGGUUUUUUGACAGACACGACAGACAACAAAGUGAUCCUAUAAGGGUUCCGUUUUUCCCUUUGAGGUACGGAUCCCUAAAAAAAUCUGUAUUUGCACUCACAUCUAAAUUAUGUAAUGGAGCGCGUCAUUUCGGCUUGGACAAGCUUUAAAAGACUACGAAAAGUUGUGAAUUUUUUUAAACAUUUUGCGAUUGAAAUUUUCAUACAAAAUUCACGGCGGCGAAUGUAGAGUAGGCUUCAUAAAAAGUUCCAGUUAUUUAUUUCUGUUAUGUUGAAAAAACUGAUAUUUUUCUGAUCAGAAUUGAAUGUUAUUAAAAUGUCCAAUAAAUUGAGACUGAUUCAAUGAAUUUAAUGAUUUUAAGUUCUAAAUAUUGUCCCACUUAAUUUAUUAUUUUUCGCGUAAGUGUCUUCUGCUAGAUAUAUUAUUCAGGUAUAUUUGCUCCAGUAUUUUUCUUCAUUCAAAAGGUGUUAAUUUGUUCAAUUCAUCAUUUAGUCGCGCAUUUGUUAACCAUAUCAUGGUUUCGUUUCUAUUUAUUAUUUUGUAUAAUCCUAAUAUGUAUUAAAGGUUGUAUAAAACUACUGAAAUAAUAUUA